GGCUUCCCAUAUAUUUAAAUGUGUGUCUACAACUCUAUCUCAUUAUCUAGUGUUCCAGAUAUCAAGUGACUUGUUUCAUUCUCUCCCUCCCUCUAUCACUUUCUUCUCUUGUCAUCCAACCUCUGUUUAUCUUUCUCAAGCUUGCCCUCCCUCCCCUUGCUAUGACGGAAGCGGAUUUCGAACGAGAGGCGAUCAAGCUGUUCCGCCAGCUCGGGCUAACGGUGGAUGCAGAAACGCUGGACUUCUUUCAAGGGCAGAGCGUCUCGUUGAUCGACUGGAAGAGCAGCUUUAAGCCCAAACGCGUUAGAAUUCCCGAGCCAUACCCUCCUCGUGGAGGAAAACCCUGCAAUAUGUCUACCACAUCCUCCUCUUCCAGCAGUCCGCAUCAAAGAAAGCGGUUACCUCUGACUGUGGUUCGUCCUAACAGUGAUAUUGGGUCAGAGGGCAGUGUUAGUGCCAGCCCCACAGAAAGCAUAGAGAUAUACAAGGACGAAGAUCAUGAGGAUUUUGGUCCUUGUGCAAUGUGUGAUCUGCCUGUAGUGGGAGUGGAGACAGGCUGCUUUGCUUUGGAGCAGAUAUUUCACAAUACGUGCUUCAAGUGUAACAAAUGCUACAAGAUGCUCUCUGGCGGUAGCUUCUUUGUGAAGAACGGUCUGAUCUUAUGUGAGAGGGAUUACCUGCUGUCCCUUGAUAAAUGCUUUACCUGUCAGCAAGUAAUCACAGACAAGAUUAUAAGGGCGGUAGGUCGCACGUAUCAUCCUGUCUGCUUCAGAUGCAGUCAAUGUGGAAUGUGCUUGGAUGGCAUCCCGUUUGCUAAGGACUUUAACGAUAGAGUGUAUUGCGAAAAAGACUUCCACAAAAUGUUUGCUCCGAGAUGCGCUUCUUGUCAACAUCCCAUUGUACCAUUACAGGGAAACAAGAAGAGCAUAAGAAUCAUUGCAUUGAAUUCUAGUUUCCACUUGGAAUGUUAUCGCUGCUCUGAAUGUGACAUUCCAUUGAUAUCUAAUGAUGGGAGCGAUGGUCCUCCACAGUGCUAUCCUAUUGCUGAUCAUCCUUUAUGUUUAAACUGCAACAAGCUCUGGACUACCAGAGGGCAGAGAUCACUCAUUGUUAAACCUGUUGUAUCAUAGAAACUAUAACAUUUCUCAUUACUGUCAUUUUAAUAGAAAUUAAUAAUAAAA